GCUAAUCCUUACGUCAUUGGACUGAUUGAUAAAUUAAAAAGGCGAGAUGAUGGAUCCUAUAAUCUGAAUUUAUAAUGAUAAAUGUGGAACAUGCCGAAGAGCGAAGGGAGAAUUCAAAACUCUGUGAUAAAUUCCCUCCAUUUUCAGACGAAGCGGAGACACAGCAAAUCAGACCUGCUCUUGUUUUUUUGUUUUUUUUCAAUUGGAGCCAUUCAUUUCUAACAGUUACUGUCAAGCACCGAACAAAUGCAGCAUUCUGUAUGUAUGCCUGAGGUACCAUCACUAAUGGCUUCAAAGCCAUUCAAGAUUUACAGCUCCAAACGCACGUAAAUGCAUCAUAAUGCCUUCAAAAGUGUCGUGCCUCUACGUGUUGACAGUUGUUUGCUGGGCGAGUGCUCUGUGGUACCUCAGCAUAUCCCGUUCCACAUCAUCCUACAUCGGCCAGCUGUCCGCGCCGGCGCAUAAAACGGUGAAAGUGCUCAAGAGCAUCAACGCGACAUUCAGCAACAUCAGGACUCGUCCGUUAAACCCCCAUGCCUUUGAUUUCAUCAUUAACGAGCCUAAAAAGUGUGAAACCAAUGUGCCCUUCCUCGUUAUCCUCAUAACAACGACGCACAAGGAGUUUGACGCUCGCCAGGCCAUUCGGGAGACGUGGGGUGACGAGAGCACAUUCAGCGACCUUCGCAUCAUCACGCUGUUCCUUCUCGGACGCAGUACGGAUAGAGUUCUCAACCAGAUGGUGGAGCAAGAGAGCGAGAUCUUUCAUGACAUCGUAGUUGAGGAUUUUAUCGACUCGUACCACAAUUUGACGCUCAAAACAUUGAUGGGAAUGCGUUGGGUGGCGACCUUCUGCAACCAGGCCAAGUAUGUGAUGAAGACGGACAGCGAUAUCUUCGUCAACAUGGAUAACUUGGUGUAUAAACUCUUGAAGCCGCCUACCAAACCCAGACGGAGGUACUUCACGGGUUACGUCAUCAAUGGCGGACCCAUACGGGACAUGCGUAGUAAAUGGUACAUGCCUCGAGACCUUUAUCCAGAGAGCAAAUACCCACCGUUCUGCUCGGGCACGGGAUACGUGUUCUCCGCAGAUGUGGCAGAGUUGAUCUACAAGACUUCUUUGCACACUAGACUCUUGCAUCUCGAGGAUGUUUAUGUCGGGGUGUGUCUGAGGAAGUUGGGUAUUCACCCGUACCAGAACAGUGGCUUCAAUCACUGGAAAAUGGCUUACAGUCUCUGCAGAUACCGCAGGGUCAUAACCGUCCACCAGAUCUCGCCCGAGGAGAUGCACCGGAUCUGGAACGACAUGACCAGCAAGAAGCAUCUAAAGUGUUAGUGAAAGACGCCUGAGGACACGUUGUGUAUUUGUGCCCUUUCUUUUUAAAACCAUAAAGCAAAAGAUGUGACAAGGAGCCUUGAGACUUGCACAGCACAUACAGUAGACCUUUCUUAGAAGUACUAACAUCCUUUUGGUGCAUUUAAAGGAAUAGGCUGAUUCUCAGGAAAACUGUCAAGAAAAUGUCCUGGUCCUAUUUUACUUGAAAAUCAAAAAGAACAAGGGUAAUCAAAAAAAAAAAAAAAAAAAAAAAAAAAAAAACAGGGCCACUAUGUUUAAUUGCUCACAUCUUAAAAAUGCAUAAAGGCAUUUGCAUGAUUUUUGGUGUACUUCUAUGACUUUUUGUAAACAAAAAAAAAAAAUUUGUAAAUUGUUUGGCCCAAAAAAUGGGGACACAUUGCGAAAGAGAAGCAUCUAAGUUUGCUGCCAUUGAAAAUGUAGCUAAACAAUUUACUUAUUUAUUUGUUUGUAGCAAGU